GGAAUUGUUGGGUCUGAAUUCUUCUGACAUUAUGUGGGGUCUUUCUGAUCCUGGCUGGGUAAAAUUUGCCAUAGGAUCUUUCUACUCUACUUGGAGCCAAGGAUCGUGUAUAUUUCAACAUGGCUCGCUCCAGUUCGAUCCCAAAGUAGUUUUGGAGUCUCUUGCCAAGUAUCCGGUGACAACCUUUUGUGGCACGCCAACAAUUUUUCGGAUGCUGCUCCAACACGAUGUUAGCAGGUAUAAGUUCAAGAGUCUGCACACCUGUUUGGCUGGUGGCGAACCAAGCAACCUAGAAGUGUUGAAAGACUGGAAAGCAGAAACUGGGUUUGAUAUCCGUGAAGUCUACGGGCAGACAGAAAGUUCCUUGCUAUGCGGCACUGCAAAAGGGAUGAAAAUUAAACCUGGAUUCAUUGGAAAACCUGUUUCUGGUGUUGAUAUCCAGAUCAUUGAUGAAAAUAACCAUCGUCUUCCUCCCGGAGAAGAAGGAGACAUCGCCGUGAAGAUCAAGCCGCAAAUGUUUGUGGGUCUUUUCAGUGGCUAUGUGAUAUCGCAUUGGCCCAUUUGAAGUGGAGCACGCGCUGAUGAAGCACCCUGCAGUAGCUGAAGCCGCUGUUGUUAGCAGCCCAGAUCCCAUCAGAGGAGAGGUGGUCAAAGCAUUCAUCAUCCUAACGCCUGCUUAUCAAUCACAAGACAGAGAUAAAUUAAGUGUGGAGCUGCAAGGACACGUGAAGAAAAUUACAGCUCCCUAUAAGUACCCCAGAAAG